GUAGCAACAGCAUGAAAUCAGACUGUGUUGGGUUUUAUCGUUCACGUUUUACGUAAUCGUUCCCUCACGUGUGCAACCCAAACGAACCGCGCGUCUGCCCCCGGUACGACGCCGCGUAUCUGUCGGUCUUCCGGUAACCGACGACGAGACGACACAUUAUGUUCCAAAGAUGGAUCAGAAAUAAUCCCACGGGGAAAGAGAGUGGCGGCUACUCAUUACCAUCGACGAUUCUCUUGUUGACGAUUCUGGGGACAGUCCUAGGAGAUCCCCAAGGAGCGGCGUACCUACCACCGACUGGAAAUCCGGGUGGCAGACCCGCCUCGGGGCAUCCGGAUGAUUGGGCUGGUGACCCAGCGAACUACGAAUUUUCGUACGAGGUGCAGGACGCGGCGUCCGGUCUGGAUUUCGGUCAUAGAGAAAUGCGCAAGGACGAAGAGGCCACCGGAACUUAUCACGUCCUCCUACCGGACGGAAGGACUCAGAUAGUCGACUACGUAGCCGACGGAGGAGGAUACCGACCGAUGGUUCGUUACGAGGGUACAGCCUCUUUUCCUGCCCCUUCACCAGGAGGAGGAGGAGGUCCCGGCGGUAGUAACGAAGGAUACAGAUACUGAACAAUAUUGAAGAAUAAUAAGUUAUCGAUUACCAUAUCCGAUACGAAACCGGUGUCACAUGAUAUUCUCACGCCAGUAUUGCAUUUGAAAAAAACGAAAAAAACGAAAAAAAAACGGUAAAGCGUAGCAAACAAAAAAGAAAAAAGUUAUUACAAUAUGUAUGUAAAUAUAUACCUUAUAUAAAAUUAUCGACUUACCGCCAAAACCAUAUGUCACAGGUACGUACGUACGUACACGUAUACCACCCAUACGCCGUACGGUUGCCGAGACUAUUUCACGUACCGAUUGAACGUUAUGCAAAUUUUCUAGCUUUAUUUCCUAAUCGCGGACGUAAUAUUACCGGCAAUGAGAAAUCUCGUGUAUCACAAAAUAACAAGGGUUGGUAUACAUAAAUAUACAUGGCUAUUCAGUUACGUGUAUAUACACACAAUACCGUAAUAUACGUCACCGAUUCUUAUUGUGAGUCAAGUUAAGCGGAACAAAUUUCAUCCGAGCUUUGCACGCCAUUAUAUCGUUUCACUAACAAAUUACGUCUAUACUCGGUGCACGGUGAGUAUAGUGGCAGCUCAACGGUAUCCGCGGAUACCUCAGAUAUCCACGAGGUCGUCAGACUUGAAAAUUACCCUAAUAUCCUGGCUAUAAAUUAUCGCUGUCGCUCAUCGUCGUCGUUAUUAUCGACAUUAUAUUGUUACCGCCGUUUCUGUACUCGUUUUUAUCAUAAGCCUUAUAGUAUUAAUAUUAUUAUUAUUAUCGUCACGAUCGUCAUUAUUGUUUCGUGCUUACAUAUAAUUGUUGAUUUGAUACAUAUAUAUCUAUAUAUACAUAUAUAUAAACACAUAUGUUUGUGAAAAUGUAACGAACGUGAGAGAAAUGGAAGAGAAAAUAUACGUGCGAGCUAUUUCCGAUAACAAAAGAUUUUCUUCGUCAUUGAGAAAAGGAAAUGAAAGGCUAAUAUGUACCGAUAAUUAGUUCUGUGAUAGCAGUUACACGCGAGUUUCAGGAAAAUCCUGAAACUUUUUUUUCACACCCAUGACGUGGAGUUGUAGGUCUUGAAUUUUUCAUACUCUCCUACGACCCCGACUUGCAUCUUUCAUUGAACUCACAAGA